GACUGCCGUCGGUACUCGGAUCUCGAUAGUCUGUCAGUCCGGCUCAGUUGUUUGAGGUGCUUUGGUCGGGGCAGGAAUUUUGUUAAAAUAAAGAAGUACAAUAUUUCAGUAUGCCAGUCGUUCUAAAGCCUGCCGUUCGUGUAUCUCCAGUUAUAAAGACUGCGAGGUGGUCUGCUCUCCUGCUGGGUGUUCUGUACGGCUCCGUGCAUUUCAAGUCUCUGCAGAAGAAGGAGAAUGCCUUCAGAGAGGAGGAGGCGAGACUGGCCCCUGCAAGGCAAAAGCUGGCGGCUGAACUGAAGAGUAAAGCCAAUAGGGAGGAGAUGCUAUACUUGGCCAAGGAAAGUGGAGUUCCAGUGCCACCAGGCUUUUAAAUCUGCGGCUUUCGUCGAGAGUUGCGUCUGUAUAAAAGAACGUCUUUAAUAAAAUGAGAUAUUAA